CUCGUAUAUUCGGCUUGCUCUUCUAUCAAGUCCUUUGUAAACUACUACUGGAGACAACUACGAGACCUUGAGCAGCGGCCGUCAUUUUCCGGCCCCAAGACCUCUGAAGCGCAGUUUAUAGGCUGUGCCUCGGCCAACUGCAGCCCUGAUCCUCAGCGUCUAGGCCUCACCAGCCUGGGAUUCAGUGAAUUGACCCCCCUGCAUCCGCUCCCGCUCACUCUGGAGAUUGUGGACGCUGUCUGCGCUACAACAGCACAUUCACCACGGGCACAAACAAAGCUGACGUGCGAGCUCGUGCUGCACAAGACAAGGCACCACCCACCGAGCACUGCCUGAGGAUCAAAUGCGAAGGGCGGCCAUUAAACGAUCCAUCCCAAGCCGGAUUCCUGCCUGCGCUGCGCUUCGUCGCCUGCCGCACCUGCCACGCUUCACGAUCCUGGUCACGACCCUUUUAUCCAAACACCUCCUGCAUAUCCUCCUCCCUUCUCUCCACAUUCAACGUCAUUUCCCAUGAUCUCGUCGCCUACGCCUGUCACCUCUGGUGGUACAGCAGGUACAGGCCUGGAUCUCACCAGAACUUCCUCAAGACGUCGAGGCUUGAGUUAUCUUCGUGCUCUGUCACAUAGUCGUUCCUCGGGCCAGACCAGCCCUAACGAACCCUCCCGCUCUCCUCGCCAUUAUUUCCAGCGAUCACUCAGUUACAACGACAAUCGACCCGACGCUUCAGCCAGCGGCAGGAGAAGAAGUGCCUCACGCCCCAACGAACCUACCAGCCAACUGGCAACGGAGCCUCCCCAGAUUCACUCCUCACCACAGAAUCCGAGACCCUCUUCUCCACCUACAGGACAAUCAAUUCCAAUCCGCACUGCAACCAUCCCUGGGCCUGCGCCCGUCACAAUCGAAGAACAAAAUACCGACGACAUGGCUAGACACAGAAGUUCAACGGGGCGGAGGCAUACGAGCAGUCACCAGCAGGCCGACACUCCAAUGGUUGACAGUCCAGCCUCGAGACCUGCUAAUGCCACGACGGUCUCGAAAGCUAAAGAAGGUCAUGAAGGAGAAUCCAAGCCACAAUUACCCACCAUACGUUUGUUUCCUCAUCAAGAAGUGAGAAACGGUCGACCUUCACUCACUUUCACUCCCAUCUCGCGUACCCUUCCAAGCGAACAUUCCAUCAUCCGAGUCGGUCGAUAUUCCGAGCGUGAAGGUGUACCUUCCGCGAAUCCUAACACUCCCUCAGACGCUCCCGUGGGUUUCAAGUCCAAGGUGGUCAGUCGAAAACAUUGUGAGUUCUGUUUUGUGGAUGGCCAAUGGCAGAUCAAGGAUGUCGCCAGCUCUUCGGGCACGUUUCUCAACCACAUCAGGCUGAGCCAACCAAAUACCGAGUCAAGACUGUUUCCGAUUAAAGAUGGAGACAUCAUUCAACUAGGGAUCGACUUCAGAGGCGGAGAAGAGAUGAUCUUCCGUUGUGUCAAGAUUAGGAUCGAAUGCAAUCGAGCCUGGCAAAAGAAGCCUAAUAAUUUCAACAAGAGCAGACAUCAGCAAUUACAAAGUCUGGCCAGAGACCAGCCAUCGGCGGAUUCUAAUAGUGGUGAAUGCUCCAUUUGUCUCGGUUCUGUGCUGCCUUGUCAAGCAUUAUUUGUCGCCCCAUGUGCUCACGUCUGGCAUUACAAGUGCAUUCGGCCGUUGCUAGAAGGCAGAAACAGUACUUAUCCGCAAUUCCAAUGCCCGAAUUGUCGAGCCUAUUUCGAUCUGACGGCAGACGUGGACAUCGCCCAAUCCGACAUCGACGAAUGGAUGGAAAAUUCGGACGAUCGAGAGAAUGCACCCACUAAUGCUAAUGGCGAUGCUGGUAACGAUGCCAGUACCAGUCCUGACCACGAAGUCAACGAGGCAGACACUACAGAUUCCGGCGCUACUCAUGAAACUCCGGAUACUUCGGAAGACUCUGGCGACCACCCAACUGUGACUGUGUCGGAUCCAAUUGACGUCCCAAACAACGGUGGCUCUGCCUCGACACCACGCACCUCUGGACUAUUAGCGAGGAGACAAGCUGCAAACCCUGCUUCACCUGAAGUGAAUUCGAUAAAUGGCAACAUCGACAUGCCAGAACGACCAGACGAAGACGAGGUGCACACUCAUCUUGAGCAUCAGCGAACAAGAACGCAAACUCCAGAUCCUGAACACAUCAUAGCAGGAGAAGGCCCGCUCACCCCAAGAAACAACGCAGGACCUUUUGUAUUUGAUGGCAGCGCAGGCAGAUCGGAUGCCGGGCAGCUGGCUGUUCCUGGUAUUCCAGAAGUCACCAAUGGGAAUAACCCUGCGUCAUUAUGAUUCUGUCAAAUACUCAGGACAAGAUCCUGUGGACGGUGGAUGGCUCAGUAUCGAUGAGCCCUGGGCAACAGAUUGUGCAUAAGGCGGCUAUUGAUUAUUUGGGAGGCGUCAUUCCGACAAAAGCGAAAUAUUUUAGCGUUCAUGGAAGCAUAGUUUAGCACUAUGGGAUCUGGCAUCUCUUUGACAGUAGCAAGGUCUGGCGGUGCUGCUGGUGAUAGUGCAUAUUCAGCGUUUGUGUGACGAAUCAUGAAAACAUAUUGCUUGAACUAAAA